AUGGGACGCAGCCGCAGCACUGACUGGAGAAAUUCUAGUGCCCUUUUUGCUAGGGCCAAGAAAGAGUUCCGCCACAAACUAUGUGCCCUACGUAUAGCCGGGCAGGAUAUGGUGAUGGUCACAACGGCUGCACAGAUUGCCGCUAUUGACAAAGACAGCCCGACAUUUGCUUUCGAGCCAUUCGUAGAUCUCGUCUAUGAUGAGAUCGCCACUGUCUCGCGCGAGAGCAAGCCGCUUUUGUGGAGGACCCCGGCGGAAGGUUAUAAAUCGCUCUUUCCAAGCGCCAAACAAAUGACCGCCGCGCAUACAGGAAUCCAUCUACUACAUAAACAGCUCACGCAGCCAGAUGCAAUGCACCGAUUUAUGACCAACUCCCUAGUCCAUGUGAACAACACACUGCAGUGGGACUCGUUCUACAACACCAGUGUCCUCGCUGCAACAGCAGAUGUGAAGGUGGUUUCGCUAGAAUGCUUGUGCCGUGAUGUGAUUAUCGACGCCCAGCUAACAUCAUUUUUUGGCCCUCGCAUACUAGAGAUAGAGCCCGAUAUUCGAUCGUUCCUUAAAGCAUGGGAUUCCAUUAGCUGGAAGGUCUCAUACAGACUCCCGUCCUUUCUAGCCAAGCACGCAACGCAGCUCCGGGACCAUCUGAUUGAGGUUCUUGUGAAAUACUACGCCUUUCCCGCCGAGGAGCGGCCCGGCUCUGUCUCAUUCGUUAACGAUGUCUAUGAUGACUAUAAGCAAGCCGGGAUUCCCGAUAGAGACAUCGCAGGUAUCGUUUUUACGAUCCUGUGGGGACUCAAUUCCAAUGUCAACGCUAUAUCAUACUGGAUGAUUGCCCAUUUGAUGAACAACCCCACAGUGGUGAACGAGAUCCGAGAGGAGAUCGCGCCCAUGAUGCGGGCCCUCGACUCCAGCCCUACGAUUGAUGGAACUAUACUGGCAGAUGUCUCCAAAGACCCACUACUCAACAGCUGUCCCAUCAUGAAUUCAACGUUCAAUGAGACCUUACGCUUCACCGCUACGGGUAGUAGCUUUCGUGAAACCACCCGAGAUACGACCAUGGACGGUCGCCGCAUUCCCAAAGGUACCAAGAAUAUAAUCCCACAGCGGACUCAAAUGAUGCAUAGUGCGGCCUUUGGACCGGAUCCUGAAACUUUUGACUGCUACCGAUUUUAUCGGAACAAGUCGCUCCUGCGGAAGGUGGAGUUUCGCGGGUUUGGCGGCGGCACCACAUUGUGCAGCGGGAGAGUUGUGGGAAGGCAUCAGGUGCUCGCCUAUCUGGCACUUCUCUUUUGGAGAUACGAUUUGGAGGUAAUUGGACCGGAUCAAGAAGUGUUGGGUGUGCGAGGGAAAGGCUUCCCAAGGCUUGAUGAAGCUAAGCCAAGUCUCGGACCAGGAAAGCCAAUAGAUGGAGACGAUCAGAUCCUUAGGCUGACUCGCCGUAACGUGUAG